GACCCGCUACAAACUCCAAAUACAGCCCAGAACACACAGCAAAGCAGGACGGGAGGAAAAUGUUGCGGUUCUCCAGCGCCGGGACCGGCUGAACGGCUCAGACUGAUCAAUAACUGAAACUGCGGAGGAAAACACGGCUGAAAAACACACAUUAAACUGCUCAUCAGGACGUCUGAGUUCUCCGUGCUGUGCCAGCCCGCUGUGGUCUCUCCAUGCCUCCGUCUCCUCUAGACGACAGAAUUGUGGUGGCGCUGCCAAGGCCUAUCCGACCUCAGGAACUCCGACUCCGCCUGGACACCAGCUACCUGGAAACCACCGUCGGCAAAACCACGGUAAUCAGCAGCACCACCGUGGUGAAAAUCCAGGCCGCCACGCUUUCGUAUAUGCCCUCGUCUAGCGGCUCCACGCGCUCGCUGACGUGUGGAUGCAGCAGUGCUAGCUGUUGCACCGUGACCACCUAUGAAAAAGACGGCCAGGUCAGCGCCAGCAGCCCCAAUUUACACUCUGGAUCGGGAUAUGGCGUCCAGCAGGGGAGUGUGCACGGCAGUGCACCCAGCCUCACUUCCAGCCUGACCCGGGGCGGCAUGCGGGUCAUCCACCCUAAUGAGCUGGCUAAAAAGCUGACGCAUUGCCCAUUAGGUCACCCGAUCGGUCCGGUUCCUGUAAUCAUCGAUUGUCGGCCAUUUUUAGAGUUUAAUAAGAGCCACAUUAAGGGUGCGAUGCAUAUUAACUGCUCCGACAAGAUCAGCCGCCGGCGUCUCCAGCAGGGUAAAAUCACAGUCCUGGACCUGAUCUCCUGCCGGCAGAGCAAGGACUCGUUUAAAGGGAUUUUUUCUAAAGAGCUGGUGGUGUAUGAUGAGAGCACGGUGGACCCGGGACGGUUGACGCCAUCUCAGCCACUGCAUGUAGUUUUGGAGUCACUGCGGAGGGAAGGAAAAGACCCCAUCGUUCUGAAAGGAGGUCUCUCUGGUUUCCGGCAGACCCAUGCUGACCUGUGUGAGCACUCUCUGCAUCUGGAUGAGGGUCAGGAUGGCAGCGGAGCCAUGGGUCUGUCUGGCGCUCUACCUCAUUCCCUGCCCUCCACGCCUGACAUCGAGAACGCGGAGCUGACGGCCGUCCUGCCCUUCCUCUACUUGGGCAACGAGCGGGACGCGCAAGACCUGGAGCUUCUACAGCGUCUGGACAUCGGCUUCAUCCUCAACGUCACCACACACCUACCGCUCUACCACUACGACAUCGCGCGGUUCUGCUAUAAACGUCUGCCAGCCACCGACAGCAACAAACAGAACCUGCGGCAGUACUUCGAGGAGGCCUUCGAGUUCAUAGAAGAGGCUCAUCAGGCAGGUCGAGGGCUACUAAUCCACUGUCAGGCCGGUGUGUCUCGAUCCGCCACCAUCGUCAUCGCCUACCUGAUGAAACACACCUGGAUGACCAUGACGGACGCCUACAAGUUCGUGAAGUCGCGGAGGCCCAUCAUUUCACCGAACCUCAACUUCAUGGGGCAACUUUUAGAGUUUGAGGAAGACCUGAACAACGGCAUCACUCCUCGAAUACUGACGCCCAGACUCACAGGCCUCGAGACCCUCGUAUAGCGGAUUAAAGAGCCAGUUUGAGGAUUUCUAGCCGUGCAUGAGGAGAAGAGGAAGACACUAGCUAUGUUUCCAUCCAAACAUGCCAAUAAGAUCCAUGCGCAAAGGUGAAAUAUUGCAGAAAACAUUUGAGAGUGUUUUUAUUCAGUCAAAGAGGAUAAAAUCUGAUAUAUCUGCAAAUAUCAGUCAGAGAAGUGUAGUUUGAUGCGGUGUUUUUUUCUUCUCUAAUAAAUCAGAAGAUGAAGACGAAAUGUAAUGAACGCGGUGGCUUUUAGAGGCGUAAGACGCUCAAGACAGUUCUGGAGGGAAUAAUAAUAAUAAUAGAAGAAGAAUAAUACUGAAGCACUGUGAUGACGGACUGACGGAGGGCUGAGGCCUUUUACAAUCAGCAGAACAACCUUUCAGAUCUGCAACAAUGUGCUGGUUUGUCCAUUUAAUGCAUCCCAUCACAUGCAUUUUCAUCACAUCAUCGAUUUACUGAUGCGCAUGCUGGUGUUUAUUCAGUAAAUUUGUCUCCAUCGUAGUUUAUGCACAUUUUUUCUUAUCGAAUUAUCCAGCAUUUUCAUAAUAUAUGUGCAUCCAUUAAGUGUUUGUUUAUGUGAUGUACUAAAAUGCGUAUAAAAGUAGGUGGAUGGAAACAUAGCUAUAGAUCUGCAAACACUGUGCUGUGGUCAUCACUGCUGCUGCCCGAAGACCCACAGAGAGUCUGAGCUGCUGUUUACACGACGCUUUCAGCCAAAAAUGGGAAACUUUUUGUGUUUUUUUUUUUGUCAGUUCAUUUAUGCCAGUGUUUCUCAACCAUGUUCCUUGAGGACCACCUGCACUGCAUGUUUUGGAUGUCUCCUUUGUCAGUCACACCCAUUACAGGUCUUUCAGUCUCUGCUAAUGAGUUGAUGAUCUGAAUCAGGAGUGUUGGGUUAAGGAGACUUGGAAAACGUGCUGAGCUGGUGGGCCUCCAGGAAGGUGGUCGAGAAACACUGAUUUUUACAACAUUUUGGUGGCUUAAUUUUGGUGACAUCAUACUAGUGUGUAGUACAUGCUAUUAGGGCUGUGACGGUAACGGAUUUUCUGUUACCGUGGUGAUGAAGCAAGAAAUCAUGCGGUAUGACGAUUAACCGCGCAUAUAUAUAUAAAUUCUAAACACACACCAACGUUGAGUGAAUGCACGUCAUCAAUUUCCUACAGCUAUGGUUUACUAACAGUAAUCUAGCGCCAACUACUGGCCUGGCAUAUGUAAUACAGUAUUUUUAAGAGUUUGCGUAAACUCAAAUUAUUUUAAAAGCAUUGUCAUUGUACACACUGAAAAAAAAAGUUGACGCAACUUAAAAUUGUAAAGUAACUCUGCACAGCUUUUUUUUUUUUGAGUUGACUCAACUUUUAACCCAAAUACUGGACUUGACUUAAUUUAAGUUGCGUCAACUUAAAAAGCUCUGCAGCAAGCUGUCUUAGAAUUUUAAGUUAAGUCAACUUGUUUGUUUUACAGUGUUGUUGACAAUCCCCUGUGAAAUCUUAGUUUCGUUUAACAAAGCAAGAACAUUUUCACAGUUUUACCUAUUAUAUAUUAUAUCUUUUUCAUCAAUUAUAAUGUCAAUAUUAUUAGACCACUUACCAGAAUUAUUAUUAUUAUUUAAUUAAUAUAUUUUUAUUUAUUUAUUUUUAAAAAUGCAAUACCUGUAUCCUAUGAAAAUAACUAGUAAAACUAUAACUAGUAAAAUAUUAUAUACUGGGCACCGCAGAGGCUCAGUGGAGGAUGAAUCAUUUUGCCUUCAACUGUAUACGUGAUAAUUGCAUUAUAAACGCAAGGGAAAUUAAUUAAAUUAUAAUUUAAUUACAGAAUAAACACUAGGGAAACAUUUCCAUUUUUGACUGCAUGGUUGUUGUGUAAACGUAGCCUAAAAUAAACCCGGCUUGUGUGUUUUCAUGCCAUACUUCUGUGUUUUUGUUGUUUACAGAUGCAUUCAGGUGCUUAUUUGUGGCUUGGAUCUUGUUUUUGAUGGUUAACAGUUUUGGUAUCGCUUUACAUUGAGGGUCCGUUUGUUUAUGACGUCAGGGAUCUUAGCAAAGACUGAAAAAACAAACAAACUAUAAAACGGUUUUACUUUAAAUUGAAUAGGAUUGACUGCAAAACAAUUCACAAUUUAAAUGCAAAAAAUACAAUUUAAUAAACUUAAAAUUAAUUAUAUUUAGCAUCAAAUUAUCAUAAAAAUUACAAAAAAUAAAAAUAACGUUUUUACUUUAAAUGAAAGGAACUAAAAAAGAUGUUUUGUUUUAGCUUAGCUUUGGCUUGGCUUAGUUUUUUUUGUUUGUGUUUUGGCUCAGUUUAGUUUUUGCUUUGCUUUGUUUUAGUUUAGUUUUAGUCUAGCUUGUUUUGUUUUAGUUUUGACUUGGCUUUUAGUUUUAGCUUCACUUUGUUUUAUUUUUAGCUUAAUUUAUUCUUAGAUUAGCUUUGGUUUGUUUUAGUUUUACUUUAGUUUAGUUUUAGCGUAGCAGGGUGCACUCACACUAUGGUAUAUGAACUGUGCCCGCGCACAGUUUCCCAGUUCGUUCGAGAAGUGUGAGUGCUCUGAAUCGCGGUUUGGUUAGGCUAUGGUGCGGUAAAGUGGCUGAUCUGUUCUACGAAAUAUCUGACUGCGUGUCACUGCAUAUCAAACGACUAAAAGGAUGUAACUGCAGGCCGUCGGUAAAGAGGGGAGGGGGGACAAAUGCAAUUCAGCACGGUUAAAACAACCAUGCCUAGUGUGAGUACACCCUUACUUUUAGCUUUGAUUUUAUUUAAUUUUUAGCUUGGUUUAGUCUUAGCUUUGUUUUGUUUUAGCUUAACUUAGCCUAGCUUUGUUUUGUUUAACACUAAUGCAGUUAAUUUCAUUUAGUUGAAGUUGAUUUGCUAAAAACCUCUAUGAAGAAAAGCUAAGAGACAACUUGGAACCGUUUCUCAGGAUUUGGGGUACAUAGCUAUUAUUUUGCUUUUAGCUUUGGUUUGUUUUAGUUUUACUUUAGUUUAGUUUUAGCGUAGCAGGGUGCACUCACACUAUGGUAUAUGAACUGAGCCCGGGCACAUUUUCCCAGUUCGUUUGAGAAGUGUGAGUGCUCUGAAUCGGGCUCAGGCACAGUUGGAGGAGGUGUGCCAGAGCGCUGUUUGGUUAGGCUAUGGUGCGGUAAAGUGGCUGAUCUGUUCGGUGAAACAUUUGACUGCGUCACUGCAUAUCAAACGACUAAAAGGAUGUAACUGCAGGCCGUCUGUAAAGAGGGGAGGGGGGACAAAUGCCUAGUGUGAGUACACCCCUACUUUUAGCUUUGAUUUAAUUAAAUUUUUAGCUUAGUUUAGUCUCAGCUUUGUUUUGUUUUAGCUUAACUUAGCCUAGCUUUGUUUUGUUUAACACUAAUGCAGUUAAUUUCAUUUAGUUGAAGUUGAUUUGCUAAAAACCUCAAUGAAGAAAAGCUAAGAGACAACCGUUUCUCAGGAUUUGGGGUACAUAGCUGUUAUUUUGCUUUUAUUCAGUAAACUACAUUUCUGUAAACAUUCAGUCCAAAUUUCAAACAAAUAUGUUGUCAUUUAAAGCAUUUUAAUCUUGUAUAAAAUUACAAAAAACUGAUUUUCAAACAUGUUUAUGAUAAUAUUAAAUGAUGUAAAUCAAUAUAAAUGAUGCAAUGCCAAAGUUUUAACCUCUGAAGAGUUAACAAAUGUAUAUUUGGUGAAAUAACCCUGACUUUCAGUUGUUCAAUAGAUAUUGAUACAAAUAAAGACAAUUUUUUAGUUUAAAAUUUGACAAAAAAGAAGAAAUUAUUAAUUACUUAAAUUAAAUAAUGCUACAAAUAAUGAUCCAAAAUACAUUGAAUAUUCUAAAGUACUGAAUAAUAAAAAUAAAGCACUAAAAGUGAACAGCAGUACUUAAAAUCAUAAACAAAUGGACCUGAAUAUAAAGUCUUACCAAAUUAGGUUUAAAAAACAGCUUUAUAAGUGUCAGAAUGCCUGUUUGUGUGAGUAUUUAUGUCUUUAUUAUCACUGACAAUCACAUUUGGUUUAAAUAUAAACGACUGCAUGAUUAUUACAGGCAACAGCUGAAGUAUAUCUCUAUUAUAUCACCAUCAAAUAUAGCUCCGACAUCUGCUUGCAGACUACUUUGGUUUGCAAUGACACGAGGAUAUAUUUAUUUUUGUUUAUAAUGCCAUUAUUGCACAUUGUGUGUGUGAAUGAUUGAGCAGUAUCUAAUGUAAAUCUGCCUUUGCACUGUAAAAAUGAUUACUUAAAGUGAGUAAAUCCAUUGCCUUAAAAGUGACUUAAACUUAAAAUACAAGUAAUUCUGUUGUAACUUCGGCUUAGUCUCUAUUUCACAGCAGAAUGAACCGCCAACUAUUGCAGCAUAUGUUUUACAAAGUGGAUGGCCUUGCAACUGCAACCCAGUACUGGGAAACACCCAUAAACUCUCAUUCACUACAGCUAAUUUAGUUAAUCAAUUCCCCUAUAGCGCAUGUGUUUGGACUGUGAGGGAAACCGGAGCACCCAGAGGAAACCCACACCAACACAGGGAGAACAUGCAAACUCCACACAGAAAUGCCAAUUGACCCAGCCUGCACUCGAACCAGCUACGUUCCUGCUGUGAGGCGACAGUGCUAACCACUGAGCCACCACGUCAACCCUCACUUAACUUAUUUUUAUUAGAAUUAUGGGUAGUUUAUUUACUUAAGUUUAAGGCAAUGGGUUUACCCGUCAGACUUUGUACAGUGUGUGUCGGACAGAUUUCAGUGACUGCUUCACAACUGUGGAAAGAUGUAUUUUUGCGUAUGAACCGUGCCUCAAUCGGUGCCUUAACUCCUGUUGUUUCCUGACUUUUCUGAGUCAAGGCUUUAAAACCGGAGCUCUGUGUAGCGCGAGGGUUUCUGUCUGUUUUUAAUACGCUAGAAAAGUCCAUUUCUAUUGCGAUUGGACAGAAAUGCUGUGAAAUAAUUUAACUGAGUGUAAAGUAAACCGUUUAUUACUCCUCACCCGUCAACAUGAAGGGUUUUUCUAAGAAAAUGCAGUUUUAUUUUUCAGCUUUACACAAACCUCCUGCACUUUGGCCGUAUUUUUGUGCAUUUGUUUAAUAAAGAAAAUAAAAUACUCUUAGAAGAAACAACAAUCAGUAGUGAAAAAAAGAACCUUGAGU